AUGAGGUUUUUUAUGCAAAUGUUAUCAUACUUAUUCCACGUGGUCUUCUCCUACGUUCGACCUUUAUUCAAGUUCGUUGUUCGGAAAAUCACAGGAAAAUGUGAAAUCAGCCGUAUAGUGGCCAACUACCCUAAAGGAGCAUCGAGAACACUUGGAAUAGAAAAUUCCCUCAGGAAUUCGAAAAAUAAUUGUGUUAGGAAAGGACUCUUCUUGGAUAAAAGUGCCGACGCUGAAACUUACGUGAGGCUUGUUAUGAAGGUUAAAGGGAUAAACCUUAAUCAGCACCCCAAUUUUCCAAUCGACUAUGCUUACUGUAUAAAUCAAAUUAAUUCUUAUCGUGAAUUAACAAGUAAACUCGAGGUCUUAAGAUCUACUGAGUUUAAUUGGGAAGAUAAAUACCACGCUGAACUGCUAUCAAGGUUGUGGGGUUUCUUGUGUCCGAGCGACCAUGAAACAUCCCAUAAACAGUGGGUACUUCUUGGAUUUCAAACAGAAAAUCCUGGCACUGAUUUUCGCGGGAUGGGUCUGCUUUCUCUGGAAAAUCUUGUGUACUUUGCAGAAACGCAUACAAAGCUAGCUAGAAGUAUUUCUUCAGCAUCAAAUCAUCCUAAAAAAUGGUAUCCAUUCGCUUUGGCUGGGAUCAAUCUUACAAAGCUGUUAUAUAGUUUCAUGCUGAGAGGUUAUCUUAAAAAUCAAUUCUACAAUACAUCGUCAUUAGUGGGCAUGCAGGAUUUCAAUGAGUUCUACUGUUAUACUUUUUAUUCUUUUCAUGAAUUUUGGAUGAAAACAUCACGUGAUAUCAUGUUAUUCAAUGAAUAUCGCGAUGAUUUUGAGAAUAAAUUGAAAAAACGCCUGCUGAAUAUCAACUGUAGACUAUGCUUACCCGAAGGUAAGUGA